AAGUUGGGGACUUUUUGGUGCGAUAUGGAGGGGUUGUCUUCUUCUUCCUCUCUUCUCACAUCUUAAAUAGGAAUAGAAGAAAACAUGCAUAUAUAAAUAUUUGAAUGUUUUCUUUUUGUAUUUUAUUGAUAUAUAUACAUACAUAAGCCAAAUUAGCUUGGUGAAAUUUGCUUCGCGAUCUGUAAGUUAAUUUAGUUUGUUCAAUAAAUUUUCGUUUUUUCCCCUAUUAGUCUGAUUCUUUAAAUUGAAGCAACAAUUUCCCCAUUUUUUUUGUUUUUUUUUCCUUCCGGGUAUCUUAAGAAAACCCUAGAUCUUGUUGUAUCUUUGUUUUCUUGGAUUAAAUUCAAAAGGGGUUUUUUGGAUCUCAACAUUUGGGUUUUUUUUUAAUCUAAUUGGGAUUUGAAUUAGAGAAAUUUGUUGGGGUUAGGGUUAGGGUUAGGGUUAGGGUUAAGGGGAGUAAAUGGCUUCAAAUCCUCCAUUUAUGGUGGAGGAUCAAACAGAUGAAGAUUUCUUUGAUAAAUUGGUGAAUGAUGAUGAUGACGACAUUGAUUUUAAGGUAACUGCAUCGGUGUCGGUUGAUGGGAAUGAAUCUGAUGAGGCUAAAGCAUUUGCUAAUCUUAGUAUCAGUGAUGAUGUUAAUGAUAAUGCUGGAUUGGAAAAUCUAGGUGGAGUUAAAAAGGAAGGAACUUGGGAUGAUAAAAUAGUUGAUAGUGAUGUUAAACCGCCUUUGGUGAUAAAGGGAGGGGAUGGAGAGAAGAGUAGUGGCUCCUUACUGUCAUUGACUUCGGGCGGAUUAGAUAGUUUGCUCGAGUCAAGCAAUGGUGAUUUGGAGACUGAGGUAACUACUGAUUUGUCGGAAAGUCAUACUAGUGGAUCCGUUAAUCCUGAUGUAAAGGAGGAGGAGGAAAAUCACACUAGUGGAUCCGCCAAUCCUGGUGUAAAGGAGGUUGACUGGAGUGUGUUUUAUUCUAAUCCAGCUACAGAUGGUGAUACAGAGGUUUUUGGAUCUUACUCUGACUUUUUCAGUGAAUUGGGGAAUAAUAAUACUGGAGUUGUUAUUGGAAACACAGGGGAGAAUCAAAAUGUGGGGUCAAAUGUUGUAUCAGCUGAUCAAGUUAAUGAUUCCGCGAAUUUUGACAGUUCUAGUUCGUACAUGCAGCAGAAUCAAGAUGGUUUUGGCUAUAAUGCGACUACGGAACAAGUUGCAGGCGGGGAAGAUCAAAAUAACAGUCAAUAUUGGGAGAAUCUUUAUCCAGGAUGGAAAUUUGAUGUAAAUACUGGGCAGUGGUAUCAGGUCUCUAGUGAUGACUCAACAGCCAAUGUACAAGAUAAUUCUGCUGCUGACUGGACUGUUUCUGAUGGAAAGUCAGAAGUCUCUUACUUACAGCAAGCUUCUCAGUCUGUUGCUGGGACUGUAGCCGAGAGCGGGACCACUGAAAGUGUCAAUAAUUGGAAUCAGGUUCACCAGGUAAGUGAUGCGACUGAGAAUGCAGCGAAUUGGAACCACCAAGUUUCUCAGGCAAGUGAUGCGAGCGGGGUAGUGACAGGCUGGAAUCAGGUGUCUCAGUCGCGUGAUGAAGGUGGGAUUACGACUGAGUGGAAUCAAGCUUCAGAAGUAAACAAUGGAUACCCUUCGCAUAUGGUUUUUGAUCCUCAAUACCCCGGUUGGUACUAUGAUACCAUUGCCAUGGAGUGGCGCUCUCUCGACACAUAUACUUCAUCUAGUCAAUCAACUAUUCAAGGUGAGAGCCAGCUGAAUCAGAAUGGUUGGGUAUCAUCUGAAGAUUUUUCUCCCAAUCACGAUCAAAGUAUUUAUGGUGCAUAUGGGCAGAAUGAGAAUAGUAGAUCCAUAGGAUUUGGCAGUGGAGGGCAUGAUUACAAUGGGUCUUUUGGUAAAUACAAUCAGCAAAACUCAAAUGUGUGGCAAACCGAAAAUGUUGCCAAGAGUGAGCCUGUGUCAGAAUAUAGGGGGAACCAGCCAUUGGAGAAUCACUACAGCCAAGAGAUUUCUGCUAGCAGCCAUGUUAGUCCGCAAAUGUCUAAUCAGUAUGAGGGAACAAUUUCAUACCAUGGGAAAUCAAAUCAAACUCAAGGUAAUUUCUCAGCAACGGCUGGGUCACAGGGCUUUAAUCAGCAAUUUAGUCAGCCGACAAUGCAGCAAAACGAGCAGAAGCAUCUUUCAAGUGAUUAUUACGGAAGUCAAAACACAGUCAAUUAUUCCCCACAAGCAUUUCAGAACACCCAGCAAUAUCCUUAUGCUCCUACCGCAGGAAGAUCAUCUGCUGGUCGUCCUCCUCAUGCUUUGGUCACCUUUGGUUUUGGUGGAAAGUUGAUCGUGAUGAAAGAUAAUAGCUCUUAUGAUAGCUCAUCCUUUGGCAGCCAGAAUCCCGUUGGAGGUUCAAUAUCUGUGCUUAACUUGAUGGAUGUGAUGUCAGAGAGAAUCGACAGUUCAAGCCUUGCAACUGGGGCAUGUGACUAUAUCCAAACUCUCUGCCGAAAUCCAUUCCCUGGUCCUUUGGUUGGUGGAAAUGCUGGUAUUAAGGAGUUGAAUAAAUGGAUUGACGAGAGGAUUGCAAACCCUUUAUUCCCUGACGUGGAUUUCAGGAAAGGGGAAGUUUUGAGGUUGCUUCUGUCAUUGCUGAAAAUAGCAUGUCAAUACUAUGGGAAACUUCGAUCCCCAUUUGGUACUGAUACUUUGUUGAAGGAAGAUGCUCCAGAAACAGCAGUUGCCAAAUUGUUUGCAUCUCUGAAGAGGAAUGGUACACAAUUUAGCCAAUAUGGUACUGUUUCCCAGUGCUUGCAGCAAUUGCCUUCUGAAGGACAGUUGCGGACUACUGCUGCUGAAGUUCAAAGUCUUCUAGUUUCUGGAAGAAAGAAAGAAGCAUUGCAAUGUGCACAAGAGGGUCAGUUAUGGGGUCCAGCUCUUGUUCUCGCUGCACAACUUGGUGAUCAGUUUUAUGUCGAAACUGUGAAGCAAAUGGCACUCCGACAAUUAACAGCAGGAUCACCUUUGCGGACACUCUGCCUGCUAAUUGCAGGUCAACCAGCUGAUGUCUUUAAUCCAGAAUCUACAGCUCCAAGUGGCAUGCCCAUUGCAGCAAAUGUCGCUCAACAGCCUGCUCAGUUUGGUGCUAAUGUCAUGCUUGACGAUUGGGAGGAGAAUUUGGCUGUGAUCACUGCAAAUAGAACAAAGGAUGAUGAAUUGGUGCUUGUUCAUCUUGGUGAUUGUUUGUGGAAAGAGAGAAGUGAUAUUGUUGCUGCACACAUUUGUUAUCUGGUGGCAGAAGCAAACAUUGAACCAUAUUCAGACAGUGCAAGAUUGUGUCUUGUUGGCGCUGAUCACUGGAAAUUCCCCCGAACUUAUGCUAGUCCAGAGGCUAUUCAGAGGACUGAGAUAUAUGAAUACUCGAAGGUGCUUGGAAACUCUCAAUUUAUUCUUCCUCCUUUUCAACCUUACAAGCUUGUAUAUGCACACAUGUUAGCUGAAGUUGGGAGAACGCCAGAUGCAUUGAAGUACUGUCAAGCGUUGUCUAAAUCGCUUAAAACUGGCCGAACUCCUGAGAUAGAAACAUUGAGACAAUUAGUGUCAUCUCUUGAAGAAAGGAUCAAAACACACCAAGAGGGAGGGUUUGCCACAAAUUUGGCUCCUGCAAAGUUGGUUGGUAAAUUGCUUAACCUUUUUGAUAGCACUGCUCACCGUGUGGUUGGGGGCUUACCACCGCCGGUUCCUUCAACAACAAGCGGCAGUCCACAAGGGAAUGAACAUCAUUAUCAGUCUGCGGGACCUCGAGUCUCAAAUAGUCAAUCGACAAUGGCGAUGUCAUCUUUGAUGCCUUCAGCAUCCAUGGAGAAAAUAAGUGAAUGGGCAGCUGACAACAAUAGAAUGACGAUGCACAAUAGAAGUGUUUCAGAGCCCGACUUUGGAAGAACUCCUAGACAGGAUCAUGUCGACUCAUCAAAGGAAGCAAGCUCAAGUAACACACCAGGUAAUUCAUCAGCAGCUGCAGGUAGAUCACGCUUUGGUCGCUUUAGUUUUGGCUCUCAGCUUCUCCAAAAAACGGUUGGAUUAGUCCUUAAACCCCGACAAGGCCGUCAGGCCAAACUGGGUGAAACAAAUAAAUUUUAUUAUGAUGAAAAACUUAAAAGAUGGGUUGAAGAAGGUGCUGCGCCUCCUGCUGAGGAACCAGCUCUUGCACCACCACCAACCACUGCUGCUUUCCAGAGCGGGGCACCCGAUUAUAACUUGAAUAGUGUACUAAAAAGUGAAGGUUCUAUUAGCAACGGAAGUCCAGACAUGAAGAGUCCACCUUCUGCUGAUAAUGGUUCAGGAAUCCCACCACUUCCACCGACCACUAACCAAUUCUCAGCACGCAGUCGGAUGGCUGUUCGGUCAAGGUAUGUCGACACAUUCAAUAAAGGUGGAGGUAAUCCAACAAAUCUUUUCCAAUCGCCUUCUGUUCCUUCCAUGAAACCUGCUACUGGAAAUGCAAAGUUCUUUGUUCCUACGCCAAUGUCCCCUGUUGAACAAACAGUUGAUAGUCAUUUCAAUGAGCAAGAGACUUCAGGAAAUAGUGAGAAUAAUUCAAUCUCUGCUGUGAAUGGGUCAUUCCAGUCUCCUGCACCUCCAUCAACCAUGCCUAUGCAGAGAUUUCCAAGCAUGGACAGCAUCUCUAACAAGGGGGUAACUACUGGACCUAGCCCCCUGUCAAGUCAGUCACGGAGAACUGCAUCAUGGAGCGGAGGCAUUUCUGAUGCUUUCACCCCAAAUAAAUCUGAAGUAAAACCACUUGGUGAGGUAUUGGGUAUGCCUCCAUCAUCAUUCAUGCCUAGUGAUGCUAAUUUGGCGCACUCCUCGAUGAAUGGUGGUAGAUUUGGUGAAGAUCUACAUGAAGUAGAACUGUGACACAAUAAAGAUGUACAUAUUAAUUUUUGGUUGUUGUCUUGGUUCUCUCCACUCUCGGGGCACAAUGCUGCUCAAGAUCGUCGGCCAUCUGUUGGUAAGGGGUUUAAGUGUGGUCAAAGGAAGCUGGAACACACUUCUCACCAACACUUCAAUUACUUCUCCUUUUUGUAAAAGAUCAGUUAUGUGUUGAAAGCCAUUACAUAGCUGUUUACUUUUAGGCGUAGGUCGUAUUUUUGUCUUUUCUGUUUCUGUUUUCGCCUCUCCAAAAGGUUCAAUACCUGCUGUUUGAGAGUCUUGUCAUAAUAUAUUACAAGGAAAAUGGCAUGAGAUAUAUUGUAUAGUUGAUUUGUUCAUAUAGAGAAGGGAAUGUCCAUUCUAUUAGUUUAAAUAGGAAGACCAUCCCUGCGGGAGAAAGUGUAGCAAAGAAGAAUGUUAUAACUCCAUUUCCAGUAUUGAUUGGACAAAUAAAAUGCCUUGGACUUCUUCUCCCAGUGGACA